AUGACACGGAACCUAGCGACCGACGGCUACUCGUGCUCAGCAGUGGAUGGCGGUAUCACGAUCGUCUGGGCUGAACGCGAGGGACUCAACGAGCAAGGCGAGCUGGUCCGAGAAGCGGCCGAGGUAGACGACUCGCAGGAGAAAGCACGACUCACCAUGAAGACAUCCGGCAGCGCCACGGCGCCGACAGCGAUACGGAAGGACAUCCACGCUCGCCUCGUUCUGCGCAUGCGGGUAACAGAUAAGAUGGACAACUCGCUCGGAAACAUGCACGGAGGCUGUGCCGCUACGCUGGUGGACAACAUCACCAGCAUGGUCGUUUUCUAUCACACUUCGGGCGUCUACGGCGAGCCAUGGUCGUUCCUCGGCGUCUCGCAGAACAUCGGCGUGCUCUAUCUCAACGCGUGUCCGAUCGGAUCGGUGCUCGAGAUGGAGGUGUACUCGGCUCAGGUCGGCAAGAACAUCGCAUUGCUCACAGCCGACUUUUGGCUCGUCGAGCGAGCAGACGGUGAGAAGGAUGAUGGGGAAGGGCCUGUUCAUAUGGGCAAGUGGAAACGCACCAAGAGGACUAUCACCGGGACCCACACCAAGGUCGACAACUCUGCGAGGAUCAAGCUUUAA